AUGGCUGCACUCUUGCUGAGACAUGUUGGUCGUCAUUGCCUCCGAGCCCACUUUAGCCCUCAGCUCUGUAUCAGAAAUGCUAUUCCUUUGGGAACCACGGCCAAAGAAGGGAUGGAGUGGUUCUGGAAUAAGAACAUUAUGGUUUCAAACCGUCCUGUAUCUCCCCACAUCACUAUCUACAGUUGGUCUCUUCCCAUGGCGAUGUCCAUCUGCCACAGCGGCACUGGUAUUGCUUUGAGUGCUGAUGUGGGACCUAGGAAAAGGCCUGAAGAUUCCCCAGCUAUACCAGUCUGGAGUGGUUGUCCUUGUUCUUACUGUGUUGUCCUCUAUGGGGCUGGCAGCCACGUGAAGAAUGGAGGUUCCCAGCAUCAUCUUCCUACACAUUAUUACAUUCACCCAUCUUUCUGUUUGUCAUUCUUAUCUCCAGCCUGGGAAAAGUUCUCCUUAUUUGUUUAGAUCCUUUUGUACUUUCAGAUCCCCUUGGAGCAGUAGAGUAC